AUGACGACAGUGGACAUCAAUGAUCACGACCUUAAGCCAAUCGGACUCGUCUCACCCGAUCCCGUAAUGGGGACCAUUUCCGGAAUACUGGUAGUAAUGAUGGUGCUUGCGAACCUUGUCAAUGUGCCUUUCUUCAUCAAAGGAGACGGAACGUGCCUCAAACCAGCCACCCUCUACAUCAUCGGCCUCAUGGUUGCUGAUCUCGGCAUCGCUUUGGUGUGUCAGACGAUGAUGACGGUGAUCGUUUACCUUGGACGAUGGCCAUUCAGCUACAUCAGCUGCAGCAUCUACAACUUCUUCCGACUCAUCCUAGAGAACACUGGUGUGUGGAUCAUGGUGUUGAUCAGUCUUGAUAAACUGCAGCUGCUCUGCUAUGACUACCCUCGAUACGUCCGCGUCAAGCGAAAACCAAGAAUCAUCUUCGAGAUCAUGAUGACGUUCUUUACCCCAAUGUUGUUCCACCUCGGGGGCAUCAUCGUGUGGAUCCUGACGACGACAUCAGAAGAACGAGCCGCUGACCACAGCCCAGAUUGCCAGGACAUCCCAGCCGAAGUCGAUAUCCCUUUUGUUGUUCUUGGUGCGACGGUUAAUAUAUUCAUUCCUGGUCUCACUAUCAUGAUCAUCAAUUCUGUAGUGUUUUACAAGAUCAAGCAACGGUUGAAGAAGCGAAGCAAGAUUGGAAAUGGAUUAGUGGCUACGGCCCAAAAUAACAGAAGGGAGCCGUCUUCUUCACAAGGAACUUCUUCACAAUCCUUUUCAUAUGCAAAAAAAGGGCCUCGGCAGACGAAUCCUACUGAUACUCGGAAUAGGCAUGCAACGACGACAAUGAAUGCCGUCACAAUUAACAGCGUCACAGAUGUGUCAGCGGCGUCAGCUGCUGCCAGAGGAAACCACAAUAUCUUGGCGAAGAAGAAUUAUCUCGACACCGAGUACCGCCGGUAUAUCCGUCCUGCCGUCACACUGGCCGGUCUCGUUGCCACAUUUUCCAUUUGCUGGUUUCCUUUGGCCAUCUACCAUAUCUAUGUCCACGUGUUUUGUCCAUCUUGCUUCGACAUUACGACGCAGUUAUGGCUCAGAUGCUUGAUGUAUGCCAACAGCGCCCUCAAUCCGUUUAUUUACAUGGCCACCAAUCGAAAGAUCAGAAAGUUUCACGCAAAAAUGUUUCAAAAAGUAUUUUCGUCCCGCACUGUGCAAUGGGAAUGA